AUGAGGGCUCCGGUCUCUCUCAUCGUUGUGGGAGCUCUUUCGUCUCCAGCUCUCUCAGCCGUCCUCUCUCCUCUCCAACUCCGGGCUGUCGCCGGCCAGGGCUGGUCCUUGCAAUCAUCAACCUGCCCUUCCGGAACCCAGUCGUGCGGCAACGGGUCCUGCUGCCCUUCAACCUCGUUUUGUCAAGCGACUGGAAAUGGAGAAGUGACUGCCUGUUGCCCUACGACAAGCAACUGUAGAGGCAGUGUUGAAGGCGCGCCCACCUGUGCAAGCCCAGCAUGGUCGUUGUGGACGGGCAGUUACGGGAACGGAUUCUGCUGCGAGGUUGGUCUGACCGGAGCAUUUGUGAAUGGCGGAUCUGUAGCUGGCAUUUGCGUGACUUCUGUUCCUUCUGGCUACUCUACUGCGUCGCUGGUAACCAAAGGAACGGGCAGCCCAGCCACUUCAGUUCCUGCGUCAAGCACAGCUCGGACAACCAUCAGGUCAACUUCUACAAAGCCAACCACGUCCAGCGGGCCGACGGCGACUACAGUCCCGAGAGCAGUAUUCGCGCAUUACAUGGUCGGCAGCAUGACUCCAGAUGAAGCAGUCAAAGACGUCAAUGAUGCAAAGGCAGUUGGCUUCGAUGCUUUUGCGCUCAACACGCACGACAUCACAUCUUCAUGGGCACUGAAUGCACUGCAGUAUCUGUUCGACGCGGCGGACCAGAACGGCUUCAAGCUGUUCAUAUCCUUUGACAUGAGCUGGCGGACCAUCACGCCGUCGCAGAUCCCAUCCUUUUUGCUCAACUACAUUUCUCGACCGUCAUACUACAAGAUUUCUGGCCGGCCUUUUGUCAGCACAUAUGACGGUGGUUUCAUUGCAAACUCCGACUGGGUCUCGGGCUUCCAGCAGCCUCUGAUUUCCCAGGGCAUCAACCCGUAUUUUGUUCCCAGUUUUGGCGAUUGGAGCGGCUGGCCGAACAACUUCUUUUCCAGCUAUCCCUCUGCUGAUGGCGUCUUUAGCUGGGAGUCGGCAUGGCCUGACCCAGGUACCACCAUCUCGAAUGUGUCAGACGUGGUUGACCAGAACCUGGCUCAGCAGGCACGAGCAGCUCAGAAGGUAUUCAUGAUGCCUCUGUCUAGCUUUCAGUUCAAGUACCUCGGCCCAGGCCAAGACUGGUACCGCAUUGGCGAGGUCAACCUGCCGCAACGCUUUGAACAAAUCCUAGCACUGAAGCCCGAUCUCGUGGAACUCAUUACCUGGAACGAUGCCGGCGAGGGCCACUAUGUGGGCAACUUCUUUGCGGAACAAAUCGCGGGCUCGCCAAUUGGCGAUUAUGCCAACGGGUUCGACCACACUGGAUGGCAGCAGCUGGUGACGCCCUUCAUCAAGGCAUACAAGAGCGGCACGGCCACCAGCGGCAGCCAGAUCUUGCCUCCCGGCUCAGCGCCCGUUGGGUCAUUGUGGUAUCGUACGUUGCUUAAGAGCGCCAGCUGUUCGUCGACGAUACAGAACUACCAACAGGGCCAGGAUACGGUCAACUAUGCUGUCCUACUGCCGUCGAAUGGAUACACCAUCAGAGUGUACAGCAACAACCAGCUCAUUGGCAGCUUUGCUGGCUCUGCUGGGCUCAACUAUGGUGCUGUUCCUGGCUUGCGUGUUGGCGGUGGGCAGUAUAUCCAAGUCGUCAAUAGUGCUGGCUCUGUGGUUGCCUCGGCCACGGGAACGAAGCAAGUAGCAGCGCAGAGUUCCAACUCGGUUUGCAACUGGAACUAUGAGGUGGUUGGCCUUUCGUGA